AUUAUUUCUCCCAAAUAUAAUGCACUUAAAGGGAACUGGAAUCUGGGCUAAGAAUCGUCGUUCUUUGAAAAAUAAAAUAAAUAAAGUUGCCAAAUAAGUACAUAAUCAACAGCAGCAUUUGCAUCGGGCCUUCGAGAAUGAUGUGGACGUCUGACGAUGGUCAUUGGCAGACCAAACGUGAUAGAUUUACUGAUUUCAAUGUACCAAGAAUCGGCCAUUCAUACAAUAUUCAAGAUCUUUACACGCGGUCCACUAUAUAACACCCUUCUGCGAAUCACAUCAUCAUCAGUCUUCUCAAGAUCCUCGGACAGAGUGCUACAAUAAAACGUCACAUUUGUCGAGAAAUCAACCGCAGCGACCGCCGAAGAGACAGAACAGAAAGACACGUGUACAUCUCUUAAAAUCUCUCUUAAAAUCAUGAUGCGAGAGAAGCUCAUCAUCACCGCGCUGCUGUUUGGUCUUCUAGCGAUAACUCUAAGUUUGCCCCAGCAGCCCCCGAAAUCUAAAAGGCCUAUUCCAGUAUUUAAGGUUUUCUUUAGAGAUACCUUUCUCGCAUCUCGUAUUCUCGUUCGUCUCGACGAAUUGACAAUAAUCGAAUUUUCUAAUCAAAUCUUUCAGCAAAACAAAACCGGUGGCUUGCUGCUGCCCGACAACGCGACGCUCAUUCGCGACAACAUCGUCGACACGUUUUCGUGUCAGAACAGGAUUUACGGUUAUUACGCCGAUAUGGAGAACGAAUGUCAAGUAUUUCACGUGUGCAUGCCGCAAACGAGAGGCUCGAUUAGAUGGAGCUUCAUCUGCCCCGCCGAGACAGUUUUCAAUCAGGCAACAUUCGUGUGCACACAAACGGAAAGCUCGAUCCCGUGCGAAGAAUCGGAAAAAUAUUACGCUUUGAAUGAGGAGAUCGGAAAAGAGGUGGAAGAGGAGGAGGAGGCAGAUCAGCACCGGGGGAAGAAAAAUGCAACGAAGAUCGUCGAAUCUGAAGUCGAAACGGUGUCGAAAAAAUCACCAUUAAAAAAUUCGAGAUCACUAAGUCAAGACUGGUUGUUUCAGCCUCAUUAAAAGAAAUAUAUCCCUUUUUUUUCACGGGUAAUUUGAAAGAGAUUGCUCUAUAAAAUAUAGUGAUUAGCUAGCCAAUAUUCUUGGCUUUUAAGUAUAAAAAGAAUUUUAACUUGCCUGAUCGAGGUUGACUAAACGCUCAUUUAGUGUUUAAGAUAAUCGCUUAUAGAUUGCUUACAGGCUUGCCUCGCAAGAGCCCCCAUAACGGCAAGUAGAGUGCGUAGAACUAAAAUUUAAAUUAUUAUGCAUACGACGUAAAAUAUUUCAUCUCACACAAUUAUGCGACACGUAGUAAAAUUAAUUAAACGAUUAAAAUUAUAUAAAGUUCUGUACAGUGCCAAUGAGAUACGAAUAAAACAUAACUAUACUAUGUAAUUAUGUG